UUGCUUGCUGUAGUAAAGGACGGGUUGCCUGGAGACGUUUUGGGGCAUAUCGAUGGAGAAGUAUGAGAAAAUCAAAGUGGUUGGAAGAGGAGCCUUCGGGAUCGUUCACCUGUGUCGUAGACGCAGUGACGGAGCCUUUGUCAUCCUGAAGGAGAUCCCAGUGGAGCAGAUGUCACGAGAUGAGCGGCUAGCUGCUCAGAAUGAGUGUCAGGUGCUCAAACUGCUCAACCAUCCAAAUAUCAUAGAAUACUAUGAGAACUUUCUGGAAGACAAAGCUCUCAUGAUAGCUAUGGAAUAUGCACCAGGUGGAACCUUGGCCGAAUACAUACAGAAACGCUGCAACUCCUUGCUGGAUGAGGAUACAAUCCUUCACUUCUUUGUGCAGAUCUUGCUGGCCCUGUAUCAUGUGCACAACAAACUCAUCUUGCACAGGGACCUUAAAACUCAGAAUAUUCUUCUCGACAAGCACCAAAUGAUUGUCAAGAUCGGUGACUUUGGCAUCUCCAAAAUCCUUGUCAGCAAGAGCAAAGCUUAUACGGUAGUGGGAACUCCAUGUUACAUCUCCCCAGAGCUGUGUGAGGGAAAGCCCUAUAACCAGAAGAGUGACAUCUGGGCUCUGGGCUGUGUGCUGUAUGAGCUAGCAAGCCUUAAAAGAGCCUUUGAGGCAGCUAAUCUUCCUGCCCUCGUUCUGAAGAUCAUGAGUGGUACCUUUGCUCCGAUUUCAGACCGCUAUAGCCCAGAACUCCGUCAUCUUAUCCUCAACAUGCUCAAUCUGGAUCCAUCCAAACGGCCCCAGCUUAAUGAGAUAAUGGCUCUUCCCAUAUGCAUCAGACCUCUGCUGAAUCUCUACACCGAUAUCGGCAAUGUCAAAAUGCGCAGGAUCGAGAAACCACUGUCUACAGUGCAAACUGGUCCUCGAGGUCGACCAGGAGGCAGAGUCCCUACCAGCAGGUCCAGAGAUGGAACAAUAGGUUUAACAUCAGGAAAGGUUCAUUCCCUCCCUUUGUCUUCCGUUUACACUUGGGGCAGUGGCAACUCAACACCUCUCCGCCUGCCUAUGCUUAACACCGAGGUGGUUCAGGUUUCACUGGGCCGCACUCAGAAGAUGGGAGUGACCAAAUCAGGACGCCUUAUUACGUGGGAGGUGCCAUCGGUCGUGUCUGCUGAGGCCACUCUGCCCGGUGCGGUGGAGCAGAUGCAACCUCAGUUCGUUUCACGCUUCUUGGAGGGUCAGUCUGGAGUCACAAUCAAGUCCGUGUCCUGUGGUGAUCUCUUUACCACCUGCAUGACAGACAGGGGUAUCAUUAUGACAUUUGGAAGCGGGAGCAAUGGCUGUCUGGGGCACGGUAACUUCAAUGAUGUCACUCAGCCCAAGAUAGUGGAGGCACUCCUCGGCUAUGAGCUGAUUCAGGUGGCAUGUGGCGCCUCCCAUGUGCUUGCUGUCACCAAUGAAAGAGAAGUGUUUGCCUGGGGAAGAGGAGACAAUGGUCGGCUUGGUCUUGGCACUCAGGACACCCACAACUCUCCACAGCAGAUGUGUUUACCUGUGGAGUUUGAGGCCCACAAGUUGGUGUGUGGAGUGGACUGCUCCAUGAUUAUCAGCACCCAUAACAGCAUUGUGGCAUGUGGCAGCAACAGAUUUAACAAGCUUGGGUUGGAUACAAUAACGGCUGGAGAGGAAACCAGUCUGUCGAAUCAGGUGGAAGAAGUCCAUUCUUACCGUCCCGUCCAGUCAGCUCCACUUAACAGCGAGAAAAUUGUUUAUAUUGACAUCGGAACCGCCCAUUCUGUUGCUGUUACAGAAAGUGGUCAUUGCUUAACUUUUGGCAGUAACCAACAUGGGCAGAUUGGCUGUAGUUCCCGUCGUAGCAGCCGUGUGCCGUACCUGGUGCCAGGCCUGCAGGGGAUCACGAUGGCUGCCUGUGGCGAUGCCUUCACCUUAGCUAUUGGAUCUGAAGCCGAGGUGUAUACCUGGGGAAAGGGAGCCCGUGGCCGCCUUGGUAGAAAAGAGGAGGAUUCUGGGAUACCAAAGGCGGUGCAGCUUGAAGAAACCCAGCCGUUCACGGUGACAUCAGUGGCUUGUUGUCAUGGCAACACCCUCCUGGCAGUGAAACCUUUACUCGAAGAUCCUGUCCAAAGAUGAUUGAUGUCUUGAAAAGUCACCCACACAAGCUCAGCAGUGGCAUCAACAGCGACGCCCACUGAAUAUUUCUUCCCUGUGAACUAUCUGCAAAGCAGUAACAAAAAAAAAAAGAGAGAGAUUGUCUUUCAGCUGAAGUAAAAGUGUCCUGAUGAGAAGGAGCAAUGUCCAAAUGAAUGCAGUGUCGCACAGCCAUUAGUCAUUAGGUGGCUUUCACAACAUGCACUAUUGUCCUCUCAUGUGCACGGUAGAAGGCCAUUAAAAGUCAAACAGGUUUGAGCUCUUAAGGCAGUGGUGAAAGAAGUGAUACAAAGCACCAGAACGGAAA